AGCCAAGUACACACCGCAAAAGCAAUCAGGGUCUCACUAAGGGGAAAGUAUUAGAUUCCUGUCCUUAGACUGUGUGUAGUCAUUGUCUAAUAAUAUGAGACCGUUUUCCCACCACUACCACCUCCCCCCUAGCAAAUAAGGCUGUGGCUGCUGCCUGAUUGGUAUAUCAUCUCUCUUUCCCUGAGCAUUGAUUUUUUUUCUCUUGCUCUCCUUUUAUUUGCUUCAUAAAAAGAGGGACAAGAGCUAGCGUUGGCUACUGAGGAGCUUUUGGGGGCGCCUUUCUUUUUUAGCAUGAGCCUACCAUUGUUUUCUUUCAGAUGAGGGAAGUUGGAUUAUAAAACCUUUUGUAAAUGUGUAUGGUGAUAUUUGCUCCGCUUUUUGCAAUCUUUGCAUUUGCAACAUGUGGUGGCUAUUCUGGAGGACUACGGCUCCGCGUGGACUGUAUAAACAAGUCAGACAGCGACCUCAGCAUUGACAUCGCCUUUGCCUACCCAUUCAGGUUGUACCAGGUGAAUUUUGAUGCUCCCACCUGUGAAGGCAAACGACGAGAAAAACUUUCCCUCAUAGGAGACUUCUCUUCUUCUGCGGAGUUCUUUGUCACUGUUGCUGUCUUUGCCUUCCUCUACUCCUUGGCAGCCACAGUAGUGUACAUCUUCUUCCAGAACAAAUACCGUGAAAACAACCGGGGCCCUUUGAUUGACUUCAUCGUGACAGUCGUGUUUUCAUUCAUGUGGUUAGUGGGUUCCUCUGCUUGGGCCAAAGGACUCUCUGAUGUGAAGGUGGCUACUGACCCAGAUGAAGUGCUCUUACUGAUGUCGGCUUGCAAGCAGCAGUCCAACAAGUGCAUGCCAGUGCGCAGCCCUGUUAUGUCAAGUCUGAACACAUCAGUUGUCUUUGGCUUCUUGAACUUUAUUCUCUGGGCAGGAAAUAUUUGGUUUGUUUUUAAGGAGACUGGUUGGCAUUCUUCAGGCACGAGGUACCCUCAAGACACCAUGGAGAAACAAUCCAGCAGCUACAACCAAGGUGGCUACAACCAAGAUAGCUAUGGGCCAAGUGGUGGGUAUAACCAGCAGGGAGGCAGUUUUGGCCAAGUGGGUGAAUUUGGCCAGCAACAGAGCUUUAGCCAGACUGGCCCAACUUCAUUUGCUAACCAGAUUUAGCAGUGGCAAAAUUCUUACCUUGAAUAUUAUGUGUAGAACGUUGAAACACAGUGGCAGCAGGUUUUUGAAGCUCU